AGAACUUUUGUUUUGGGCCAGCAAUCUGGCCGGAGGGAAGUUUUGUGGCGGUAGCUCAGCGCCCGAGGCGACCGCGGGUCGGGGUGAUGAGAAAGGGGAGCCCCAGAGCGCCCGGAUCGGAUUCUGAAAAAGCCUGCCUGGCCGCCAUGAAAGGGUCUCGGGGGCUGCCACUGUUGCUGCUGCUGCUGUUGUCCUCCGCCGUGGAAGGUCUUGCUAUUGGAAAACAAGAAGCAAAGGAAUAUGGCUUGACAACAUCUACCAAGUCAUAUUCACCUGAGAUGGACUCAGUAGGUGUACAACCAGUAGCCCAGUCCUUUCUGGCCUGGUUAAACUAUACUUCUCCAGUCAGUACAUUGUCACCUCCUAUGGAUUCCAGGCUUGUGAAGAUCAAUACAGUCACCUCAUCAGGAGAUCAUGCACGUCAUCUUCAGUCAAUUAAGUUUAAUCCUACAGUAGGAACUAUAUUAAGCGCUGAACAUAUGGAUAUCAAAUUUAAUUGCUCGAUCAACGUUCCCAAGUCACUGGUCAACCAAGACUUCCCACCUAUUACCUUGUGGAAGAAUGGGAAGGAAAUUCUUGAUGUUGGCAGCCACUAUUAUCAGUUUGAUGAUAAUGAAUUAACCACUAUGAAAGCUGCUUUCAGUAUACCCAAUGCUCAGCAUUCUGAUAAAGGAUCUUAUAGCUGCAAAUUGACAAUUGAGAAUGAGGAAAUUGAAUCAGAUCCUAUUUUGGUUUUGUUGGAAGGACUGCCACAUUUCAUUAAGCAGCCGCAGGGGCUGAAUGUUACCCGAAAUGAACCGUUCAAUCUCACAUGUCAUGCUGUGGGGCCUCCUGAGCCUGUUGAGAUUCGCUGGCAUUGGAACAGCAACCUAAUCCCCCAAAAAACUGACAUUUCUCCAUCUGUGCUGAGCAUGCCAGGUAUUAAUGAAGCCGCUAUUUUCCACUGUGAAGCUCAUAACAAGAAAGGAUUAGCAACAUCAUCUGAAGCCCGAAUCAAUAUAAAGGGACUUCCAUCUCCACCUAUGAAGGUUCAUGUUCUGAGCACAAGAGCCCACACAGUGCUGCUAUCUUGGGUCCCAGGGUUUGAUGGUUAUUCACCUUUGAGUUCCUGCAAUGUUCUGGUAAAGGAAAUUGAUGCACCAAGUAACACUUCUAUGAUGAUUUUUAACACUUCUGUACCACCGCAUCAGUAUCUUAUUCAGAAUCUAUCAGCCAUGAAGGAUUACAACAUCAGUAUUUCUUGUAUGAAUGAAGUAGGACGGUCAAGUCUCAGCCCUUGGAUUAUGGCCAGUACAACUGAAGGAGCUCCAUCUGCUCCUCCUUUGAAUGUCACAAUCUCUAUAAAUGAAUCCAGUUCUUCAGUAAUAGUCAAGUGGAUUAAGCCUCCUGCUUCACAGAUGAAUGGCAAACUUCAGAGCUACAGGAUCUCUCAUGUAUGGCAAACAUCAGAACGAUCUAAGAAUUACUCUUUUUCUACCAAUAAAGAUACAAAUUUCAUCCAUUUUCCAUUUAUGGCUACAAAUGUCACCUGCAUAGUGCAAGUAGCUGCUGUCACUAAUGGUGGAGUUGGGCCGUUCAGCGACCCUGUAGCAGUGUUCAUUCCAAGCAAUGGUUUGAUAUCUGUUGCACCUUCUACAACACUAGAAUCUAGAAAUACAGAUUCACUUACAAUAGUCCUUGGAUUUAUAUGUGGAGUUGCCAUCAUUGGACUAAUCCUGUACAUAUCUGUGAUUAUCAGGAAAAAAAUUACAGAAGAGAUCAAAUUUGGGUAUGCUUUUAGCAGACAAGAGACAGAACUGGCUGUAAAUUACAGAGUCAAGAAAUCUUAUGGCCGCAGAACUGUGGAACUGACAUUGGGUAACCUAGGAGUAAGUGAAGAACUUCAGGAAAAACUACAGGAUGUUAUGAUUGUCCGGAACAACUUGGCCCUAGGAAAAAUCUUGGGAGAAGGUGAAUUUGGAUCAGUCAUGGAAGGGAGUCUCAGUAAUCCUGAUGGAACCACUCAGAAAGUUGCUGUGAAAACAAUGAAAUUGGACAGCUUUUCCCAACGUGAGAUUGAAGAGUUCCUCAGAGAAGCAGCUUGUAUGAAAGACUUUGAUCACCCAAAUGUCAUCAAACUUCUUGGUGUAUGCAUAGAACCCAGUUCUCAGCAGAUCCCAAAGCCCAUGGUGAUUCUUCCAUUUAUGAAAUAUGGAGAUUUGCAUAGCUUUCUUCUUCGGUUAAGGCUUGGCGUGGGCUCCCAGUAUGUUCCACUGCAAAUUUUAUUGAAGUUUAUGAUCCAUAUUGCUCUAGGAAUGGAAUACCUCAGUAGCAAACAUUUCCUCCACAGGGACCUGGCUGCCCGAAAUUGCAUGUUGCGGGAUGACAUGACAGUGUGUGUAGCAGACUUUGGUUUAUCCAAGAAAAUUUAUAGUGGAGAUUAUUACCGGCAAGGGCGUAUUGCAAAGAUGCCUGUUAAAUGGAUUGCUAUAGAAAGUCUUGCAGAUCGAGUCUACACAACAAAAAGUGAUGUGUGGGCGUUUGGUGUUACAAUGUGGGAGAUAGCAACUCGAGGAAUGACUCCAUACCCAGGAGUGCAAAACCACGAAAUCUAUGACUACCUACUUCAUGGGCAUAGACUAAAGCAGCCAGAGGGCUGUUUAGAUGAUUUGUAUGAAAUCAUGUAUUCCUGUUGGAGGGCAGAUCCUGUGGAUCGACCGACCUUCUCAGAACUUAAGCUUCACCUGGAGAAAAUAUUGGAAAGUUUACCUGCUCUGAGUGAACCAAGCAGUGUAAUUUAUAUUAACACAAACUUGCAGGAAGAGGAUGCAAAAGACCUCAUGGAAGAUGAUGAGUUUCCCCAAAUAGACACAGUCCUUGAUCCAAAUGAAAUCAUACAAGCUUGUUCCCAGAGACCGGAGCCUACAGUAGUCACUGUGGAUAUCCACGAAAGCAGUGGAACACGGGAUAGAUACAUUUUAAAUGGAGUCAAUGAAGAGCACCGGGCCAGUCUGAUAAGAACAGAGGAGGAAGAUGUGUCAUUGCUUCAGCCCAUUCGCUUGCAGAAUGGGAGGCAAUGGUCUCAAGCCAGCACACUCCCUGUAGGAAGUGCAUUGGCUAAUGAACUGCUCUUUGCAGAUGACUCUUUGGAGGAGUCUGAAAUUCUGCUGUAAAGAAAAACUAGCCUUCUCUAAUGAACUGCAGUUCAGAGACCCUUCUGAGCUAGAAGUGCUCUGGAUAGCCAUUGGACGUUCUCAUCACGGAAAGCCAUUCCUGUGUAGCAUCCUCUCCAAUCUUUGUAUAGAAGAUAACUUUAGAAGAAACAUUUGUAUCUUUAUAGAAAUUAUUUUUUAAUAAACAAAUGUGGUAAUG